AUGGCCAGACUUCAGACAGUAUAUGCCAUUCACACGUUUGAAGCCGAAAACGAUGACGAGAUUGCAUUCUCAGCAGGCGAACCAGUGAUUGUAUUCGAAAAGGACGAUGGUUUUAACGAUGGCUGGUGGAGGGGCCGGAAUGUCAAAGGAGAAAUAGGCCUUUUCCCAAAGAACUACACUUCACCUAAUCCUCCAAAACUCACGCCACUUGAAGCAAAAAUCGAUAAACUAGAAAAUGUGAUCAGUAACAUGAAAAUUACACCCAAAGCCGCCUACCCUCCUUCAGUCACUCCAAAACCAACACAUACAACUCUUACCAGAACCGAAUCUUCGGUCUCUCUCCAAUCCUCUCUUUCUCCGUCAACAAUUCGUCUCCCUAACUCAACCUCAAAUCGAAGUCUGCACACAAAUGUAUUAAAUUCACUCCAUUCCCCUGUACUACAAAACACACCACCAGAAGAGUGGAACGUAGACCAGGUAGCCGCCUGGCUACAAAUAAUGGGAUUUGGUGCUGUGGCUGAAAACUUUAAAGCACAAGAGAUCACUGGAGAUAUUUUGCUAGAGCUUACUCAAGAAUCUCUCAAGGAGCUGGAUGUCAAUACGUUUGGAAAACGGUUCAAACUGCAUAAUGCGAUUCAUGCACUAGAAGAAGUGCGCCAGAACGAGUCAUUUUCGCGCGGAUCCUGUAGCUCAGGAUUAGAUACAUUUGAGGAUUCGGCGUCUGUAAUAAGCCAUAGAACCGUUGACACCUACCGACCAAAUGACUCUAAUAUAAAUCCACAUCAAUCUGUCUCAAAUCGAAUCAACUCAAAUGUUAGAAAGUACCCAGACCACCAGUAUUCUGAUCGAUCUCCUUCAAUCAUGUCACGCCCCUUGUCGCCCUCUUCUUCAGUCUACACCACCACUACGACUGGAACAUUGCGUAACAAUCGCAUGUAUCCUCUGGGAAAUUCUAUCUCAGAGGGGCCCUCGGCUAUCAACCGUUUUCAUGGGCGACUGCAGCGCCAGAAUACAAUUAACAAUAGUCCCUCAAUGUCAUCUUCACUCCUGCACCCUGUUGCCCGAGGAUCACAGCAAGAAGAUGUGACAGGACAAAAUAGUUUUAAUGGUCCACCGCCCGUCAAAUCACGGUACCAGACGAUGCGAAGUUCAUUGAUGUCUCACAGUAAAAACCAGACUCUCCUACCUGUUGCAUCUCGCCCUUCCUUGGAUAUCAAGGGUCCUGUUAAUGGCCCAACAGAUCCAAACAUAGCCCCAGACAUGCAAGGAUGGCUACAUAAACAGGGCGACAAGUACAGAACCUGGAAUAGACGCUGGUUUGCUUUAAAGGGACCUAACCUAUUUUAUUACAAGACAAAGGACGGACGCAUGAAGGGUAUCAUUAAUUUGCACGGGUACCGCGUUAUAUGUGACGAAACUAUACACGCAGGGAAAUACUGUUUCAAAGUACAGCAUGAGCGGGAACGUACCUUUUGCUUUUAUACAGACACAGAAAUAGCAAUGAAGGCAUGGGUUAAGGCACUGAUGAAGUCCACCAUAUCACGUAACUUGGCAGCCCCUGUAAUGUCUUCAAGUACUGUCCCCACAAUAUCUCUUGAUGCUGCACAACGUAUGAAACCUAGACCACCAUCGGUACUUUACAAAAGAGAGCAAAGAUCCCAGUCUCCCCCACCAUCUCGCCCAUUAUCCCAAAAUUACGACUCCCCACAACCUAUUAUGCGCAUGUCUCUUUCUGAAGGGGCGUCAAUGUGCCGAAUGGGCUUUGAUCCUGGAUAUGCAAACGAUAAAUUCCAAUCUCUUGUCGGUGGCGCUGGCGAUCUAUCAAAUGUGUACGAAGAUUAUGGAAAUAGCCCAACAAAAGAUUCUGGAUUUGUCAGUGCUCACAAUAAUACACAACACAGUAGUUCAAACAGCACAAACAUCAACCCUUCGUUUUACGAAGAGGAAGAUUUAAUUGACCCAUUACAUGACGAUGUUGUGUCAAGAAAUACUCGGCGCAAACCCGAGCCACCCGAACAAAAGGCGCCACAAUGGAUGUAUUGGAAGGCGCCAGACUGGGUCCAGUGGAUCAACCAAUACACAAGCCAAGGGUUGGAUAAGCUGAGUGAUCUCCACGAUGGCGAGAGCUUGAUUUCUCUGCUGGAAGGGCUGAGUGGAAAGACAGUAAGACGACCAUUGGAUAACCAUGGCUCAGCCAGCAUGCAGAUGUUGGAUAAAAUUGUUGCUGCAUUCAAAUUCAUGGGCAGAGAAGGCGUUGUUGUUGACGGUCGGUACACAAUAAAAGAUGUUUUUAGCGGGAAUGAGGAGAAGCUUAUUGAGAUGAUGGAAGCUCUCAAAUCCUGGCACGACUCACAAACACAAAAUGACUCUGGGUCGAACAUUGACGGAUCUAACGGUAGAUCAAACCAACAUCAUAAUGCCUCAAAUCAUUAUUAG